UCAGAGGCCUUUCUCCGUUCGAGAGAAGGAUCUGGAGCGUUUUGUUUUAUGUUUACCGUGGAGUAUUACGAGGUCAAACGAGCAGCCACUCGACAAGGAAGUGAAUUUAAAUGUAAGUGGACUCGAACCAUGGCCUUUUGCCUAAAGAAAAGAAAAUCAAACAUGUUGCAAGCACCCGCAACAACUCCAGAGAAAGGCAUUGAAGUUUACAUGUACGUGUCAAAUUCUUCCAUAAAAUACCAGGAUGGUGAGCAUGUUGCUGAAGACUUGUGCAUUGAAGCCGCCAAGAAAUGUGGAAUUUCUCCAUUAUGUCAGAAUCUCUUCACUCUUUAUGACCCCAAUAAAAAACUGUGGUUUUCACCCAAUCACAUCUUCAAAGUCGAGGAGCAAACAGCCUUGAAGCUACAUUUUCGGAUGAGGUUCUUCUUUGGAAACUGGCACGGAUCAAAUGAAAAUGAGCAACCAGUCUGGAGACACUCCCCUGUAAGAAAACAGAAGAAUGAUUGUGAUCCCAAAAGUACAGAGAAUGGAACUCCUCUUUUGGAUGCAAAUUCCCUGGAAUACCUAUUUGCUCAGGGGCAAUAUGAUUUGAUCAAAGGUCUUGCACCUGUUCGAGAUCCUAAAAAUGAGUUUGAAUUUCAUGAAAUAGAGAACGAAUGCCUGGGGAUGGCCGUACUGGCCAUGACACAUCAAGCUCUUCACCGAAAAAUACCAUUGCAAGAGAUUUCCAAGGAAAUGAGUUACAAGCAUUACAUUCCUGAAACGUUGAAUCGAAGCAUCAAACAGCGAAACGUCCUGACCAGGUGUCGAAUCAAUAACGUGUUCAAAAAUUUCCUGAAAGAAUUCAACAAUAGGACAGUCUGCGAUAGCAACGUAUCCCCUCAUGAUCUCAAAGUCAAGUAUUUGGCUACCCUGGAGUCCUUGACAAAGAAUUUUGGGAUGGAAACAUAUAAACCCACAGGUCUUUUGAUCUCAGCAGAAAAUGAACGGAUAAUGUCCAACCAUGAGCCCUUUGAAAAGGAACAAAAAGAAACAGAACAUGAGGUGAUGAUCACAGGAAGUGUAGGAAUAAAAUGGAGACGUGUACCAAAAGAGUUUGCAAUGAAUUUGAAAGAGAAAAAUAAAUUGAAGAAGAGCAAAAGCAGCAGCAAAAAGAGUAAGUCUGGUGAAAACAAAGGAAUUCUAAGUGAAGAGUGGAAUCUGUUUUCACACUUCUAUGAAAUCACACAUAUUGUCAUAAAGGACUCUACUGUCGUCAUCAAUAAACAAGACAACAAAAAGCUGGAGCUGAAGCUGUCCUCCUAUGAAGAAGCUCUUUCCUUGGUGUCCUUGAUUGAUGGUUACUUCCGGUUAACAGUAGAUGCCCACCACUACCUGUGCACAGAAGUGGCUCCUCCAUUAGUGGUGCACAACAUUAAAAAUGGCUGCCAUGGACCGAUACGUACUGAAUAUGCUAUCAACAAGUUGAAACAUGAAGGCAAUGAGGAUGGCAUGUACGUGUUGCGUUGGAGCUGUACAGAUUUCAACCACAUCCUCAUGACAGUUGCAUGCAGUGGAACCACUGAGUGCAUUGAUUUCCGUGAUGGAAGCAGUGGUUCGAGACCAACAAAGCAGUAUAAGAACUUUCAGAUCGAAGUGAGUAAGGAUUUAGGUUACAAGCUGCAUGGCUCUGAGAGCUAUUUCACAAACCUUAAGGAACUCAUGAGUCAUCUCAAAGGUCAGAUUCUUAAAACCGAGGAUGUAAGCUUCCAGCUGAAAACCUGCUGUCCACCAAAACCAAGAGAAAUCUCAAAUCUGUUAGUGAUGACAAAAAGCCAGUCCCAGAAUUUACAGCUGACUGCAAGCAACUACAGCUUAAGUCAAUUGAGCUUCCACCGAAUUCGCAAGGAAGAGAUCUGUCAGUUGGAACACCUUGGAAGAGGAACCAGAACAAACAUUUAUUCGGGGACACUGAAUUACAAAGAUGAUGAUGAUGAGAAUGAAAGUUUCUAUAGUACGAAAGACAUCCGGGUGGUGCUCAAAAUUCUUGAUCCUAGUCACAGAGACAUUUCUCUGCCUUUCUUUGAGACAGCCAGCAUGAUGAGGCAAGUUUCUCACAAGCACAUUGUGCUCCUGCAUGGUGUUUGUGUACGAGAUCUGGAAAAUAUCAUGAUUGAAGAAUUGGUUGAGUUUGGACCACUUGAUUUAUUUAUGCAUCGAAAGAGUGAGUAUCUUUCAAAGAGCUCACCCUGGAAAUUUUUGGUUGCGAAACAGCUGGCGAGUGCAUUGAGCUAUCUGGAGGACAAGAAUUUAGUGCAUGGCAAUGUGUGUACAAAAAAUAUUUUGCUGGCGAGGCAAGGAAUUGAAAAUGAUGGAGGCCCGUUCAUCAAACUGAGUGACCCAGGUGUUCCAAUAACAGUGCUAUCCAGAGAAGAGCGUGUUGAGCGUGUUCCAUGGAUUGCUCCAGAAUGUGUAGAGGAUUCCAAGAACUUGAGUAUUGCUGCAGACAAAUGGAGCUUUGGGACAACCCUGUGGGCCAUCUGCUAUAAUGGAGAAGUGCCCCUUAAAGAUCGGAGUUUGGCAGAGAAAGAGAGGUUCUACGAGACUCGGUGUAAACUCACCCCCCCCUCAUCCUGUAAGGAACUGGCUGAAUUAAUGCAACAGUGCAUGACCUACAAUCCACCAGAGCGACCAUUCUUCAGGGCUAUCAUGAGAGACAUCAACAAGUUGCAAGAACAGAAUCCAAACAUAAUUCCAGAAGAAAAACCAAAGGCAGAAAUUGAUCCAACUCACUUUGAAAAAAGGUUCCUUCGAAGGAUACGGGAUCUGGGUGAGGGCCAUUUUGGAAAAGUUGAGCUCUGUCGCUAUGACCCAGAAGGUGACAACACAGGGGAACUUGUUGCUGUAAAAUCUUUAAAACCAGAUAGCAGUGAAGAACACAAAGCAGAUCUCAAAAGAGAAGUUGAAAUUCUAAAGACUCUCUAUCAUGAAAAUAUAGUGAAGUAUAAAGGAAUAUGCACUGAGGAAGGUGGAAGGGGGAUGAAGCUGAUCAUGGAAUAUCUUCCUGCUGGAAGCUUGAAAGAAUACCUUCCACGACACAAACAGAAAGUUUCUUUAAAAAGCCAAAUUCGAUAUGCACUGCAGAUUUGUAAGGGAAUGGAGUAUCUGGGAUCUCGGCAGUAUGUUCAUCGAGAUUUAGCUGCAAGAAAUGUCCUUGUUGAAAACGAAAACCGGGUCAAAAUUGGAGACUUUGGACUAACUAAAGCCAUCCAGACGAAUAAAGACUAUUAUAAAGUGCAAGAUGAUUUGGACAGUCCUGUGUUUUGGUACGCACCUGAAUGUUUGAUUCAUUGCAAGUUCUACAUUGCUUCAGACGUGUGGUCCUUUGGUGUUACUUUGUAUGAACUGCUAACAUGCUGCGAGUCUGAUUAUAGUCCAAUGAAUAUGUUCCUGAAAUUGAUUGGUCCAACUCAAGGUCAGAUGACUGUCACAAGGCUUGUUCGGGUACUAGAAGAAGGCAAGCGUUUGCCCUGUCCAGUUAAUUGCCCUGAUGAGAUUUACUAUCAUAUGAAGAGGUGUUGGGAACACAGUCCAAGCAACAGAACCACUUUUAAAAAUCUCACAAAUGUAUUUGAGUCAUUGCUACAGAAUAUGUGAAUUUUAAAAAAGCAAUGGAUGCUGGAGAAAUACAGAAUAUGAUCAAUGCAAGACAAACUCAAGGUUACCUUUUUAAAAAAGGUAACCUUGUUAUAAAGAAGGAUAAGGUAGAAGUUCAUUAUUAAUGUUUUAUUUUUACUGGAAAUUUAUAGAAGGCACUAUUCCAAGAUGUAGCAAUGCCCUUGUGAAGUCAACUUCAAAUUUAUCCAGUGGUCUAAGUCAUCAAGUUUCAUCUAAUAAUGUAAACGUACUUUACUGGUCCUUUUAAACCUUGCAGGUCAGAUUUCUAUAUUUCUCUAGCAACAAAUUUACAUAAAUUUUAUUUUGUAAAUAGCUGGAAUUUGUAUUUUCAUAAGUUUGGAUGUAAUUUUCUGAAAUGGUGCAGAUAAUCUUGGUUGCUUAAAACAAACACCAUAGUGUAGAGGUAGGGGGAAUAGGCUUCAGAAAUGUGUGGUUCAACUUUAGCAGAUCCAUACAAGAGUUUGGAUUUCCUGCAAAUAAGGGAAUCAUUUCAUUUUGGGAAGGAUGCGAACUAGCAUCCAGUGCACCAGUUGGGCCAUUAUGUUCAGCUGGCCGCUGGCAUGAUUCCUCAUUUCAGGUACUAAGAUUACUGCAAAAAGCACUGUAACAUCAAACAGAUGCCUUUCUUACAUAUUUUCUCCUCCUAUGAAUACACUGACUUAGAAUAGAGUCAGUUACUGUCAAAGACUUUAUUUGGUAAUCUGGCCAGUAACCAAAGUGUAUAAAUGCAGUUCUGCUUCCACACGAGAGAAGGGGUGGGUACAAAGAAUAGUGAUCAUGUGCAGGAACAUUUUAAAAUUAAAUUAUCUUCCUAAUGCUGAAUCAAUUGUAGUGAGCAUCGUUGAAAACAGACAGCUCAACACGUGCAUUGAACUUGGAAUUUUCUUGGCUGUGAGAAGCAUGGGGUAUACUGUGAAAUUUCUUUUAUGCUCAUUAACCUAAUUAUUUUAAAUGAUUUUAAAAACUUCCAAGGAAAUCUGUAUAACUUUAAAGAUGAUAUUUUAUGUAGGCAUUUUUAAAAAUUUCUCUAGAAAUUUUUAUUUAGCACAACCGCUGCCCUUGAUAUUCCCACUAAUUUUGCACUCUUUCCCUGUUGACGUGUGUCUCCACUUUUCUUCCCCACCACCCACCACCUUUCAGAAUUCAGGCAACCAGCACCUGAGGAAGAAAAUAACUUUAAUGCAUUAAUUUUUCUGCCAAGUGUUUAAUUUUUGUAACAUAAAGUUUAAUGCUUUUAUUCAUUGUAGCCUUCAAGUAGAAUUAAAGUUUUAAACUAUC